AUGAUAAAAUCAUACGAACAAAAGAAAUAUCGCCUUGGACUAAAGUAUGCGAGGACAAUUUUGAGUAAUCCGAAUUUCGCUGAACAUGGAGAAACCUUAACAAUAAAGGGGCUCAUUCUUAACAUGGGUAAGCAACAAGAAGCACAGGAAUGUGUGAAAAGAGAUUUGAAGGCUGAUUUGAAAUCUUAUGUUUGCUGGCAUGUAUACGGGCUUGUUCAAAGGUCAGACAAAAACUACGACGAGGCAUACAAGCGAGCUUUAAUUCUUGACAAAGACAACAUGCAGAUUUUGAGAGAUCUCUCAUUACUCCAGAUACAAAUGAGGGGCUGUGAAGGGCGCAAAGUUGGUUCUUCUUCCAGGAGACUCAGUCCAGGAGACUUGCAUUGUAAUCACUUAGGAAUCUCGUCAUCAUUUGCUGCGACUUCGGCCAACGCAGAAAGUGUCUUGGUUGCUUACGUCACAGCAUAUCAUGUCUUGAAAGAUUACGAGAAGGCACUCAAUAUACUAGUGGAAUUCAUUCAAAACAAUGAGGUAGGAUAG